CCUCUUUCUCUGGAUCAGGACAGCUCUGUGUUUAGAGAUCAACAGCUCACUCUGGAGCUCAAAGUUACAUUUUUGCUGGACAUUGCGUUUGCAGGAAGAACGAUAGGAAUCAUUGCAAAGUCGAGCAAGACUUUGGGCGAUGCACUUUCCACUGUCCUACAGAAACACCAACUGCGACCUCAGGAUGUGCAGGCUACUCUGAGUGGCUCAAAUGAACCUCUAAACAUGAGCACAAACGUGUUUCGUCUAGCCAGCAAAACAGUGUGUUUGGACAAAGUUAAAG